AUGUCUUAUCAAAUUGCCUACGACACGGCUCGCGCACCACCCCGCGGUGCUGCGCUUGUCGCAUUUAUGGAAGACUUCUACCGCACCAGCGACACAGAAUCCCUGCACGAGAAAUACGUCCAGCAAUUCACUGAAGAUGCGACGCUGAUCAUGGGAUCAAAGGAGGCUAAGGGCGCUAGUGCAAUUCUCCCACUUCGCCACGGUCUGUGGACACAUGUUGCUUCGCGCCGACACACACCGACGCGCAUCUACUUCGGCGGUGACGAUGAGAUCAUGCUCUAUGGUGGUGUGAACUAUAGACUCAAGGCAAACCCCGAUAACGAUGUGUAUGUGCCUUGGGCUGGACGGGUUGUCUUCGCGCCUCACAAAGAGGGUGAGGAUAUCAAGAUGCAAUUCUAUCAGGUCUAUCUGGACACUGCGGCUCAGUCAGGAAAGAAAUAA